CUUAAAAUUUUCCUUGUACUGACAUUUCACAACGAACCAAUCAGAAAGUUUAUUUCGAAUAGAAGCUUGUUUUGUAAUCGAGCAAGCGUCGCGUCGGUCUGUGACGGCGUCCUUUAAGUGUAAACAAUAUUAAAAUUCAUUUUUACAGUUAAAAGUGUCAUAUAUUUUACGCGAAAAGGAAUUCAUUUAAAGAUAUAAAAAUGGUACUUAAUAAGUCGAAAGGAGCUGCCAAAAAUCAAGUUCCAGUAAAAACCGAAACGUCUGAGACAUCAGCGUCGUCGAAAGUAAAAGGAACAACCUCAAAAAGCCCUGGACGAUCAAAUAGCCCUGGAAGGACAAGAAGUCCAGCAAGGACCAGAAGUCCAGCCAGAACAAGAAGUCCGUCAAGAAAGAGCCCGUCAAGAACCAAAAAAGACGUCUCCCCGCCUCCUUUGCGAUCGUCUACGCCCAAAAUUGCAGUGCCCAAAGCUCGUAGUCCUAUCAGGAAAAGUCCUAGUAGGAAAUCCCCAACGAGAGCAACUAAAAUUACAAAAAGUGCGGAAACUUAUUUCACUGAACGAGUACAGAGGCCAAGAAGAACUCGAUUAGAUAUUGAAUCAGAUUCUGAUACUCCUGAUGGAGAAUUACUGGGGUUAUCUGAAAAACCACAAGCUGCGGUUAAAGGGCGGGCCCGGCGACUGGAAAUUCAAGUGGAGAAGAUGAAACUUGCUUCUUCCGAGACAGUUGAACCAAGAACAUUUAAUCUGAUCAAGCGCGUAACUAAGAGCGUUACUCAGAAUUCACAAAAUCGUGAAGUUGAAAGAGUUGUGCAUUUAAAGCAUUUUGAUAAUGUGGCCCAAAAAUUGGGGGAAUUUUCUGAUGAAGAUGAAACUGUUGAGUUUAGAAAGUCAGUGUCUGUUGAGAGAGGUGGUGAAUUUAAACAGAUCACUGAAUUUGGAGGUCCAUGGGGUGCCUUAUUUUAUACUAUUGUAGCUCCUGUUAGCGCUAUUGCUCUUUACGCAGUUUGUAAUGAGAACCAGUGCUCGUUUGUUAAAGUUCCGGAUUAUAGGAAGUAUUUAUUGCCAUCAACUUAUUUUGAUUUGUUUUCAAUAUUGGGUUUUAUUGGUUAUGUUGUACUUUUGGCUCUCCUUUCUGUUAUACCUUUUGGUGGUAAACAAUUGUCAGGAAUGCCUACAAAGCAGGGAAAGUUUACUUAUGUUAUGAAUGGACUUUUCUCGUGUUUUGUUAUAACAACCAUUGCAGUACUAUUGAAAUUGAGAAGUAUAUCAAUAAGUGAAUUUAUUGUUAAACAUUUGUUUCAUCUGUUAAUUGCAUCUAUGUUGUUUGGGGUAUUACUUUCUAUAUAUGCAUACAUACGAAGUUUUUAUGUGUCUUUCAUAUCACUUAAUGCACACGUUGUUGGCAGAAAUAAAAUAUAUGGAUUUUUUAUGGGCAGGGAACUGAAUCCGCGAGCAUUUGGUUUACUGGAUUUAAAAAUGUAUUCGUUACGAUUGGCCUUCAUAGGAGCAAUACUUCUGGAUUUUGCAUAUUUGUAUAGAAGCGUAAAUUGGACAUCAUUCUCUCCAAAUGCUUUUGAUUUAAAGUCAUUGAAUAUCAACGUAACGUUGUUUGUUCUUGUAUUUUUACACACAGUUUACUAUUUGGACGUUUUAAUUCAUGAACCUGCAUUUGUAACUUCUUUUGAGAUCCAGUAUGAAGGUUUUGGGUACAUGUCAGGACUUGGUUAUCUGAUUUAUCCCUUUUUUAUGUCUGCUGUUACAAAAUACGUAUCUGAUUACAACAUCAAUCUACCUAUUUGGAGAUUGAUUUUAAUUUCUGUUGUGUUUAUUUUCGGAUAUAUAAUAUUUAGAGGAAGUAACAAUCAAAAAGACGCUUUCAGAAAAAAUCCGUAUAACCCUGCUUUAUCACAUCUGGAAACUAUACCAACAACCAAAGGGAAAAAACUGAUUUGUUCUGGAUUUUGGGGUGUUGUGCGCCACCCCAAUUACGUGGGCGAUAUUUUAAUGAACCUCUGUUUUAUACCUUUUGCACCUGAUGUACCACCAGUCAUAUGCUCGAUUUUAAUUACGCUAUUUCUUAUUCAUCGUUCAGUCAGAGAUAACGUAAGAUGCAAAGAAAAAUACGGAGCGGCGUGGGACAGGUACUGCAACAAAGUAAAAUACGUACUGUUACCAAAAGUUUAUUAGCUUCUGUAUUAGUUUUACAUGUGCUCUGGAAUGUUUUAUGUAUAUAACAUUUUUUCUGUUAAUCUAAUAUUUGCCUGAUCAAAGUUGUGUUCAGAACUUUUUUUAUUUAAUGAUGCUUAUGACGUUUGCUUUUAUCACAAUUUAUAUGAUUUUAUUAAGGUGUGGCUACAUAAAAAGCACCUUUUUCUCUGAACACCCAUAAUUGGGAGUAUUUUUAAUCUCGAAAGAAAUAAAGUCUCAAGUGAUGCAUGGUCUAAUCAGAAUUUUGUGUGUAAUAUUUACGCAUCGUUUUUAUGGACGAUAAGAAUUUUUUUGGUAAUAUUGUUUGGAAAAGCUGGUAAGCAAAUAGUUCUUGUUUUCCAUAAAAAUAUCUGAGUGGAAAAGAAAUUGAAAAUUUCAUAAAUCGCAUCACCUUAAAUGUAAGUUACUGGGUAGUUUUACGUAGUUAUUUUAGUUUUGUCCUUCAGUGUGUGAGUUUUUUUUAAUAUGCGCCAUACUGUUGUAAAAGUUGGUUAAUAUCAAUGACAAUUAAAGUACAAACUUGUGUCAAGACAUCAUACCAAAUUUUAUUAUAGUCAUAGUAUACAUUUUGCUCUCUGCCUUUAUAGCGUCCGCAUAUUAUUGUUUUCAGCACGAUAUUGUGAUCUCGUAAUUACUUUGUGCAAUGUACCUUUUGAAAAGCUUAUUUGAAGGAGAAAAAUUUUACAGUUUAUAUCAUGCAGUUUUAUUAAUGUAUUAAUUUAUAUAUAAUUUAAAUUGAUUGCAGACAAUCUAUUAAAUUCAUCCUCUUUUUUUUUUAAUAGGCUUGAAAAAGUAAAACCAAAAAUUUUAAGAAAAUUGUAUUUUUAUAUUGAAAUAAUAUUUGUAUCAAGUGUCUUU